GCGGCUCAGCGGCUCAGUCGACCGCCACCCUUCGCGACCGACGGUUCGUCGUCCGCUAGCGCGUCGGAGAGAGAAACGAGUAGGAGGGGAGCUCUGACCUGGCCGUGCACUCCGGGGUGUUUAUCCUCUGCUCCAGCUUUGAGAGAGAGAAAGAGAGAAAGAGACCAAUACGUUUUCAUUCAGUGAGAUUUCGCGGUGCGCGCGUCCCGGUGCUUCGCGGUGCGUGCGGUCAUACACGAAUCGCCGAGGGUGGGCCGAGGGGGUGCGUACCUCCCUGCGUAGUGGACCACCUACUUCCUCUUUCCUUGACCCCAAGAAUGCUUAUUGUGUGUCACUGCUGAGUUUGAGGAGUCGCCUCUUCUCCCCCAGAGGCAGAAUUCAAGCGGUUCACGUUAACUCGCAACCAACGAUUGCAGCACGCAUCAUUCUCGGUCUACAACUCUAAUCGCCGUUCCCAGACCUUUGUCAGAAAGAAAACAAUGAACGGGCCAGUUUACGCGUCAUCUUGUCCUGCAUUGCAGUCGAAUCUGUCGCUACACAGUUCGUCCUAUUACAGCGAGUAUAGCGGGACCACACGGAGACGGCUGUCCUCAACGGGCGAGGCGGAUACUUCCGCAACGUCGAGUUACGAGGGUAGUGACAGCUCCGAGAACAGCGACGAGUCUCGUCUCGAUCCUGUUAGCCAGAUGGAACGAGAGCAGCUCGAGACCUUCUUUCGCGGAUUAAAAUCACAGGUAUUCGUCUGUGAAUCACUGGCGAACCUGUAUCUCGGUAGCGCCUCUCAGACCGAGAGGUGGGAGCUCCGUUUCACCGGAAUCCCCGUGGUAGUUCUUGAUCUUGGAGAAACACGAUCCAGAUCCAAGAGACGAAUUCAAAUCCUGCUUGCAGAACGCGGUACUUGCUUCACCCUCUGGCGCGAAACUAUCGACAACCUCUCAUCGUACAAGGUGUCGGGACCCGCCUUUCACACGAUGUGCCUCUCGUCGGAUCACACUCGCUUGGCCGGGCUCAGCUUCGACAACUCAAAGGCGGCGAACGAUCUCUGGCAGCACAUAGAGCGCCUCGUGUCAUGCCCGGAGAACAUCAGCCUGUCGGCCCCCGGCAAGAAGAAGAAGAAACCGGCGCAGAAGAAGGUGGUGCUGCCGGCCAAGAGCAACAUCAGCCAGCCGUGCCAGUUUCAACACGUGACCAGCGUGGACGCGGCCGACCGCUCGCGUUACUUCUCGCUGCAGACGCUGGUGCCGGCGCUGACCGAGCUCGAGAGCUCGCUGGAGGCGAACUUCUGAGAGAGACCCGACGCCACCAGGCUCUCAUAGGGUCGACGGCGCAGCGCGACGCCCGAUCCUCGCCUUCUCCUCCGGAAGUAAUCCUCCCACCGGGGGAAGAGGGAGCCGAUUAAUGUCGCGUGCGAGAACAGAUAAAGUCUACAAAGGGAGUGCGCGCGCGCGCGCGCACGAGAUUGUAUUUGAGAGCUAUCGAAGGGAGGCGAACUCGCUGGAAAGCGACACCGGAUUCACCGGAAAUCCUUUUAUCUUCUUGCUCCUCCUCCGAAGUAGUUGUAGCGAAGGUCCAAGAGCCGAGGGACGAGGAGGAGAUAUAUCGGAGAAGCUUUAACCGCCGAAAAGAGAAGGCGGAUAUACUUUUCUCAUCCGAGAGCUGAGAGCCCUCGCGGUUUGCCCUCCGUAGUUUUACUCUUCGGAUUCGUCCCUUAUCUUCUCUCGUGUCACUUCCGGUAUAAUCGGCCGACUAGUUGGUAAGAAUUAAUGGUCACGUGGGAGACCCCUUGAAUUCUCCGAAUUCCGCGUUAUCCUCGUUUCUCGCGGCGGACGCAGAUCGUCCGUGAAACCGCGUGAUGAAGGGAUCCCCGAGCUCGAAGGGGCUUCGAGGAGACGACGAAGAAGAAGCGCCGAGCGAUCGCGAGGAGGAGGGGAGCGAUCUCGUGUCUCUCCUCCGAAAUGGACUAAUCCGUUAGUGUCACGGCGAGCUACGGGAUCGUCCAGCCGGAGCCGAGACGGAACAUUCAUCAAUCCCGCUAAGCACUCUCGAGAGUGACUGGGAUUUAUGUCCGCGACUGGGAAUCCCGACUCCAGCCUCCCGGGGGAGGGGCGUAAACAGAAAGUAGCCCCGAAAAGGCUGUCAGACUCACCGAGAAAUCUCUCACGUCGUUUCCGCGCACUUUCUUUCUCCUCGAGAAGAGUCCUUCUCGUCUCGUAACUAUCGAUGUCGUGAGAUUUAUUAUGUAGACGCAAAGAAAGUCCCUAUAUCAAACGUUACGGCGAUAGACGGUCUCUUCGGUGACAAACGUUUCUCGCCCGCGGAGAACGCGCUCUCGACGGAUCACUUCAUUAUCAUUAAAUACACCGUACGAAAAAUAUAUCUGGUGUUGAGCUGUUAAUCGUCGAAUAGAGUAGAGAGGAGGGGAAAUUAAUCGGAAUGAAAAUUAGAGCCGAUGAUGUAAAUGAUAGAUAGAGAUAGAAGGUCGUUUUAAUUAUACGUAUAUGAAGUACAUUUACGGCCUCUUUACUUUACGCGUAAGGAGUAGAGAGAUUUUCGGUUUAUAUUUUUAUGUCGCGUGUACGAAUGGUUCCGUAUGUACCUAUUUUAAAGGAUCCUUAGAGGUUCGCAUGAAAAAGAUAAAUAAAUAAAUAAAGCGGGACAGCCGGCCGUCUUGUCGCACUUUGCAAUUCGAAUGCGGCGAUGUAAUGUGAGGGGAAGAACAAGCGCUUUCGUAAUGGAAUGUCAAAGAAACGCGAAACCUUGACACGGAAACCAAACAGCGGAGCAUGCGAUUAGAAAGAAUCAUGCAAAUAUAUGCAAAAUAUUUCCGGGGGCAUCGUAUCGGUUGUAUUAGACAUUGUUGCUAUUCGCUGCGGGAACGAAGCUUUCUCUACCGGGCAAGUGGAGGAAACGGUUGUUUUCCAUACAACGUUUAAUUAAAGACACGCGUCGCCGCGGUGAAAACGGCGUCGAAAAGGCUUUUCAAAGUGCACGACGUGAAUAAUCGCGACGGAAUUAAGUCUAAUGCUUUCCCGACCGCAUUCACCGUAAAAUGCCAAUAACUUCAUAAGGAAAGAUUUAAAGAAAUUAUCUUCUAAUUAAAGGAAAAAAAAAAAACCAUCUUUACUGCCGUUUGAAGAAAGGCAAAGACCUGCUGAUUUAACGCAUGUUGCAGCAACGUCGCUUUAGAUUAGAGCUCGAAGAGUUAGGGCGAAUUCGAAAUAUUAUGGCAUAGUAAUUGAAAUAAUGUUAGACAGGACGUCGAGAGAAAAGAAAAACGAAUCGAAAAGGACAGCCAGUUUCUUCGUGUAACGUAGUAUGUUAAACAUAAAACAAGUCGUUGACGUGUCAGUGUUGUGGAUUCGUAAUUGUAAGUACGCAAGAUUGAUGCGCGACUUCGAUAAGCGGACAUAGCGUAACAUAGAAGUCGAUAAAUCAAAGAACGAAAUACUGCCGAACAUUCUAAUGCGAAAUAAAGUGGUAAGGAGCGACGACGAGAAACGACUGGAAACGAACGUAUUGUGCCAAAACUUACUUGGACCAGUUUAAGAAAGCAGAAUCUUAAUUAAUACGAGGAAUCGAGUAUCACGCGCUUCCACUUGACAUUGAAAAAGACUUGAAAAACCAGUCCACAUCGUAGUUAAUAAAUUAUUACAACGUAUUGACCAGCAACGUUUCCAGUAAACUCGUAACGCUCGCGUAACACAUUACACCAUGUUAAUUAGAUUAUUAACUAGGUAGAAAAUUAGUGGAAUUGAUGCGUGUCCAUCUAUAACAAAUUCUACUUCCUGUCCCCUCGAGUCGUUAAUGUGUCCGUAGAUUUCGGUAGAAGUUCUCGAUCUUGUUGUCGACAAUGUGUACGCUCGAUAAAAUGUUAAACUAUGAAGAUCUAUGAUCAUCAAUUCUAUCCAAGUGAAAUAAUAUUGAAGAAUUGAUUUUUAAGUUUUAAGUUCUUAGGCGUCAAACUGGGACGUUCCACUUUGUAUUGUAAGAAAAAUAUUGUCUUCGCACGAAUAAUUUAACUUUACAUCUCGCACUUGUAGUUCUAUAUAAAUAUUAUAUUAUUUAAUCGGUUAUGUCUUUCUAAUUUUUAUUAGAAGUCUCUUUUCAAUCUUUCUUUCGUAUUAUUUCACUUAGACGUACUUGGUCCAUAGCAGUCCAUAACUGAUAAAAUAAAGAUGAGUAUUCUUUCCGAGAAAGUUACGCGCGAGAAUGUCGUUUUACGACUUUCUUUGAGAAGACUGGUUUCACAAUCCCGCGAAUGUAGGCACAGUUAACAAUAGGUACCUAUGUAGUAAUAGUUGUCAUUAAAACGUGUUAAUUUUUAUCCUUAGUAUCAUCUACGCGAACGUCCCUUCAGCGUCAUCCUCGUUUAUAUCGCUUCGAAACUUCCGUUUCGCCGGGCGGAGAAACGCGCACGCGUGUUUCGCUUUUAUAUCCAUUGCGAAUCAAACUUUUAGCGAUUAAGAUUAAUUAGCGUCGAUAUGUAUAUCUAAGUUAGGCCUCGCCCAGAGGAAUCCUUUAUCAUAUUAUCCGAGACGUAAUACUUUCCGCGGGACUUAUACGAAUACUUUGAUCACGUGAGUCGUAAAUUUCUUUCAGGAGAAAAGUCUGGGCGAUUAUUCUAGGCAUUUAAAUAGUACACUGUAACUUCGAAUUAAUACUAAUUUCAUUAUCUACGACUGUGAUAUAAAUAUAUGUAUUUGUAUCGUUACGUUUCGUAACAAUGUAUUCGCAAUAAUCAAUCACACUUGGAGACAUAAGUUCAUGAAUAUCCUAUGUAAUGAUAAUUAUUGUGCUAAUAAAUAAUAAAACUUCAUGAAACAAAA